AUGACGUUUGAUGUGGUGAGCUACACCAAGGCCCAGCAGCAGCGGCUGGAGGAAAUACGUCGCGCAACGGAGAAGGAGCGCCAACUGCUCGCUCUUUAUGCAGGCAAGUUGGCGCACGGCACGCAUGCUGUUCCCAUCCCACCGGCGGAAAGCGCACAGACAACUGCGGCAUCGAGCGACGGCGGCCGAUGGCUUUCGCUUAACGACAGGGCCGUGGAGCUACACGCGUUGGAUGAGAAGUUACUUUUGGAGGAGCGGGAGGUGGAACGGCAGACGUUUGAACUCGAUGGACGUCUGCACGCGGCAGAGCGGAGGAAGGCGGAAUUGCUCUCGCAGCUUGCGCUUCUUCAGCAUCGCGAGGCGCUAUUAAAGAAGGAGGAGGAGCUCUUGGAGGGAGUGGAGUCCGGUGCUCAGCGAGCGUCGCGGGACAUUGAGGCCCUCUCGCAGGAAAUGAAUGAAGAGCAGCGUGCUGUGGAGGCACGCGUGGGUGAGAAGCGCACUCGCCUUGCCGCGGCGAAAUUGGCUGCGCGUGAUCAACAGAAGAAAAGGGAUGCGUUAGAAGCACGUAGUCGCCUGCAAUUAGAGGAGGUGCAGGAUCGCAUCCGGGGGCAUCGGAUGGAACUGGCAAGACUCGGCAGUGCGGUGAAUGACAAGGAGAGGUGGCUGCGGCAGGAACAAUCCCGUUUUCGAGAGGCGGAGCUCGCCGCUAUUUGUCGGCUGAAGAAGGACAUUGAGCUCAUGGCGAUAUCUCUUGAUGACAACACGGGGCAUCACUAA